AUGGAGGCCCCCGUGCCAUCUGCCGGCGCCCCAGCAGGAAAUGCUCCCUCGUCUAGAGGAGCCAGCCGUGGCGGGCGCGGCAUGUUUCGAGGUGAUCGCGGCACCAAUGACCGCCGCGGUCGCGGUCGCGGGUUUUCGCACGGCGGUCAUGACGCCUUCCGAGGGCGUGGCAGAGAUUGGGGCGAUGCUCGUGGUCGCGGCGAUACUGGCGGACGAGGCCGAGGAAACGGGCCGCGUGAAGGUCGCGGCUUUGUGCCAAAGAAGUUCAUGCGCCACCGAUCUCUCUCGGGGAAGCACGGCUCUCACACACCGCUUGAUGCGGAGCGGAAAGCGAAGCGCGAGAAGAAAGAUAGGAAGCCCAACUCGAACUUUGCUCUCUUGCGCUCCGUGCUGGGCGACGCGGAAACGAUUGCCGAGUACAUCCGCGAUUACCACUCAAGCGAAAAGUUCCGUGAGGCCAAGUCAGUCAACACUUUCCUGCAAGCCAUUAGCCAGCGGCCCAAGGCAGUCUACGAGGAGCUCAUGUCGCAGUACAAGAACGAGGUUUUUACGACUCUCGAGCGUCUCUUUGCCUUGUACGCGCUUGGCAAAAAUCCGAUGAUCCCGCCAGCGCAUGAGUUUCUGAUCCGCUGCGAGCAAGAGGGUGUGCGCAAGUCCGCCUGGGGUGAGGGCGUUCGCACAUUGCCCGUAAGGGCAGCGGAGGCAGAUGCCGCCAUCCCUGCAGAGGGCGAGACUGAGGGCGUGGCACCGUCACCGCAGCCACCGGCACCGGUUGCACCCCUGCUGGACGCAGAGGUGGCGUCGCUUCUCUCACCCCGCGAACUUUUAAAGAAGCUAGCCUCCCUUGACGCUGUCGGUCGCCUGCAGCGGCUGAUCGAAAUGUCGAGAUCUGUCGCAGAUAUUCAGGUAUGCGCCAAGAAACUGACAGCCAUGGUCACCGACGCGCAGGAUGAUGUUGAGAAGGGCAGCGUGUUCCCCUCGACCUCCGCGGAAAAGUUCGACUACGCAGCCAAGUGUCAGCUAAUCAGCAAGCUGUUGUCGAAGGCGCGUCGACUUGUCGAACCGACGUUCGCACCGUCGCCAAGGGCUGCAGCAACAGGCGCCUCGGAUAACCAUGUGGAGGAACCGACCGAAGAGGCGACAGUGCGGAGGAAUGAGCAAGUGUGCGGCGGGGACGACGAGGAGGGACUGCCACAGACAGCAGCCGAAGCCGCUUCAUCAGGCACUUCUGCUACCGCAGUGGACCAUGCAGCCCCCAUCGUCACUCGACGCCGCGUCCCUCUUACUGACCACGAGAUCGAGGGCUUUCAGGCAGCCAUCUCUUUGGCCUUUCAUGCGUUGGAGACGGUGCUGGAGCAGCGCCUGCCGAGCGUCACGCAGCAGCCCCUAUCCAAGUUUUGCAAGGUGCUGGAGUGGUGCAAGGAAAAAGGCCUCCUGGCCGCUGCCGACGAGCGAUUCGCGACACUGCUGGAGCAGCAGGCGGAGAAGGACAUAGCAGAGCAAGCGAACCAAAUCGAGACGGUCAUCAGCCUCAAGUCUUUGACAGCCGGUGACACGGCCGCACUGCGUGAGGUGGUGGAUCAACUGUGGGAGGCUGGGGGCACGCAGUGCUUCUCACCAUCAAGCAUGGAUGUGCUAUCUGCCAUUGCGGUGGCUGCGUCUGUCGAUGGCAUCGACAGUGAUGUGAAGGGGCUGGUGGCGGACCGUCUUGUGCAGACGCAGCGUCACCUUGCUGACACGGUGGUGCUACCGCGCCGGGCACUGCGCUUCGUGAACGACGAGCGCAACAAGGUGAAGCAGGCCUCCAUCGCAAAGCAGCUGCAGGCGGAGGCAAGCAAGUACAAGACGGAGGGCGGCGAAUGA